UGUCACUUCACUAGGAUGCAGAGCUUUGGGAUGCUGUCAAUUUCUGGUGUGGAGCAGAGACAGUGUUCUCAUCUUUAGGAUUGGUCAGGGAGACCUCGUCUAGAGGAAGAGGGCAGUAUGGCAUCCAUUGGACAGAUCAUCUUUGGAAGCAUGAUUGUCCUCAUAUUUCUGAUGAGUGGAUUAAUUAUUCUUCUCUUGGCCAUAGCAUUUGGAGCAGGUGGUCAGGGCUUUCUGAGAACCACUACCCGGUCCCCGGUCGGGAACCUGGGGCAGGACGUGGUCUUGGACUGCAGCUUCAGCCCCAAGCAAAACAGCAAGGGUGAUGUAUCUGUCACCUGGGAAAAAGUAGGCAUCACUGGAGUGGUGUACCGCUACCAGAACCAGGCUCCGGACCUGGUGGACCAGAACGCCGAAUUUAAGGGCAGAACCCAACUCUUCCGAAAUGUCGUGGCCAGUGGGAAUGCCUCACUUCUUCUGCAAAGGGUGAGAGAGCAGGACCAGGGCAUGUACCAGUGCAGUGUGAGUGCCCCUAGUGGUCGGGGGUCUAUCAACAUUCACCUUUGGGUGGCAGCAUUUUCUGCUCCUGAAUUUAAAAGGACGGGGUCCAGCUUGACCGCAGAGGCCCAAAGGUGGUUCCCCAAACCCAAUGUCGCCUGGGAGGACCACGCCGGCCAUGCUUUGAAUGGCAGCACCAAGUUUUUCAACAACUCUGCCGGAAUCUUCCGGGUGGAGAGCAACCUGCUGGAGCCAGCCAACAGGGACGACACCUACACCCUCGUUAUCAGUAAUCCCCUCAUCAGGACUGUCUCCAUGGCAACACUGACAGGGGAGUCUGGCGUGUCAGUGAAGACUGACUUCACAUUCAACACCGCAUCACCCAGGCUGCUGUCCUUGUCUCUUGUCCCAGCUCUGCUGUCUCUCUGCCUGUUGCUGCCCUGAGGUGGCCAGAAAACACACCAACGCUAAAAACACCUGUCUGUGGCCCAAGACCAGCUUUUUAAUAGUCACACGUUGGGGCUUCUCAUUCUUGUCCAUUUGUUUGGCAGCUUUUUUUCCCCAAAAGAAAAGGACAUUUUUUA